GAACUGUGUGGCUGUGAAGAUCCUGGCAGUUGUGCCGCGGGCGGGAUGGAAACCACACCGCAACUCAGGGGGGAUCUCCUCAGAUGGUGGGAGGAGCCUCUGGAAGAGAGCAGGGAGAAUUUCAGUCUGAUCUGGAGAGAUGGGGAGCGCCGGCUGUACGCUGCUGGGACUUUUAACCUCAGUCGUCUUUUUUCAGGCCCUGACAUUAGUUCCCUGUGAGGCGGUGGCGUGUGUCCCGGGGUUUGAGGUGGAGAAGCUGAUUUUCAGAGUGUGCAGCAGGCAGCUGCAGAGCCGCUGGACGCUGGGCAACGUGGGCUUCCAGGGCUGCUCAGCCCGCUUUGCUCUCAGCAGCAGCGACGGACGCUUCACCGUGGACGCCGACGGCACGCUGACGGUGAACACUGAGCUGACUCUGCACACAGGACACCACGACUUCCUGAUCCACGCCGUCAGCUCCCAGAGCGACCAGGUGACCGUGCCCGCCAGGGUCGAGUACGACUGCAGCCAGCAGGAGUCCAGCAGCCAGGACGCCCCUGCUGGCGGCGCACAGAUUCCAGCCAAAUCAGAUGUUCCUGUUCUGUCCUUCCCCAAACUCUCUCAACAUCUGAGGAGGAGGAAGAGACGCUGGCUCAUCCCUCCUAUUAAUUUUCCUGAAAAUGACAGAGGACCCUUCCCCAAACUUGUGGUGCAGAUACGAUCUGAUGAAGAUAAAUUUAACACAAUCAGGUACUCCAUCACUGGACCAGGAGCCGACGAGCCUCCUGUCGGCCUCUUCGCUGUGGACAGAGACAACGGGUAUCUGUACGUCACACAGCCGCUGGACAGAGAGAGACAGGACCAGUACUUGCUUCAAGUCCGUGCUGAGGCAGUCGGGUCAGGACCUAUUGGGGAACCCAUGGAAAUCAGGGUGGUCGUCAUCGACAUGAAUGACAACGUACCCAUUUUCACCAAAGACACCUUCCUGGGAGACGCUCCCGAGGCCUCGCCUGUUGGUUUUGAGGUGAUUAAGGUCGAGGCCACAGAUUUGGAUGAACCUGGUAAUGCCAACUCAGAUAUUCGCUACAGAAUUCUGAGACAGGAUCCAGAGCUGCCCAACGGCAAUAUGUUUGCAAUCAACCCUGUGAGUGGAGCCAUCCGGGUCAACUCUGCUGGGCUGGACAGAGAGACAUGCAGGAAUUACACCUUGGAUGUGCAGGCUGCAGACCUAGAGGGACAUGGACAUUCAGGGCAGGCGAGGGUCAUCAUCUCCAUCUCCGACAGCAACGACCACGCCCCGGCCUUCAGCCAGUCCAGAUAUGAAGCAACGGUCCCAGAAAACAAAGUUGGAUUUCAUGUUGCUAAGAUGCUGGUAACCGACGGUGAUGAGCCCCAUUCUCGAGCCUGGAUCGCCAAGUUCACGAUUGUCAGCGGCGAUCCCGAUGAAUAUUUCACCGUGGAGUCAGGAGCCAAUCAAAACGAGGGCAUCAUCACCACUGCCAAGGGCCUGGACUUUGAGCGGGCCCGUCAGCACACCCUGCUGGUCGCAGUGGAAAAUGAUGUUCCCUUCGCCACCCAGCUGCCCACCGCCACCGCCACCGUGCUGGUGAAUGUGCAGGAUGUGGACGAAGCUCAGACCCGCAACAAAGGUGUUGGAGGAGCGGGAGCCUCGUAUCUUACCUUGGCAUUUUACUGUUUUGUGUUGUUUUUCAAAGAAAUAGCAUGACUAUCAGAGUUAUUAUUGUUUUGAAUUUUUCAUUAGUUUUUAUUUUUAUUUUGUUCUUAAUUUUAGUUUCCAGCUCAGUUUAGUUUCACUUUAGUCUCUAGAGUGGGUUUGCUGGUUUCAGAUUAUUUUUUCUUGUUUGAAAAUGUUUAGUUUGAGUUGAGUUUUUCUUAGUGUCAGUGUUAGUUGGAGUUUUUUUUAUUCUCAUGGGGGGUGUUUGUCAGAAAAGGUAUUCCAGUUAAAAGCCAACAUGUUUCCUGUGCAGAACUCAGAUCCUCUCCUCUCCAUGCAGGGGAGAGUGUAAACUGCCAGGCUGAUGAAUAAAGUGAC